UGCCACUGGCAUGAAAAGGCAAAUGUUUCAGGUGAAGUCCUGUUGGCUGUUACUAUGCCAGUCUGGCAACUGUCCUCAACAGAUUGUGCGGCUGGCGUUGUUCUUAAUUUAUCUUAUAACAUUAUUAUCGUAAUUUAUUAUACCGAAAGUGAUAAUUAAUUUAAAUGCCCAUCCGUCCCGUCGCCUGUUCGAAUCUGAUCCAUGCCAGAAAAUGAGCAGUUCGUCACUGAAGAAAAAACGAAGUGGACCGUAUAUUCCCAGCUACAUGGAUCUGAGCAAUGGGCCGGAACCGUGCGCCGUUUGCGGAGAUGCUGCCACCGGAUAUCAUUACCGCUGCAUGACAUGUGAAGGCUGCAAAGGCUUCUUUCGUCGUACGACCCAAAAGAACCUGAAAUACAUGUGUAAGGACAGUGGCCAGUGCCCCGUUGAUAAGCAAUCACGCAAUCAGUGUCCUCAGUGCCGCUAUCAGAAGUGCCUGCAACAAGGCAUGGCUAUCGAUUUGGUUUUAAGCGAAAAUCAGCGAGUUGCCAAACGCCAGUUGAUUGAAGAAAACCGGGAACGACGCGAAUUGGAGUUGUUGCGCAGUAAACUUGUACAGGAAGCCACUGAGAAGAUUCUCACCGAUGCAGAUCGUGCUCUGAUUCGGGAAAUCACGGAAGCGUAUCGUCAAGCCCUGAUGCCGCAUUAUGUGACUCAAAUAACGCAUCCUUAUGGACAUUUGGAGUCGUUAUAUGGAAACGGGAAGGUUACGGUAGCGCAAAAUGGUAUGCCGCUGGGCAUGGUGAACGGAUACCCACGCAACGGAAAUGUAGUGCCGGGAAAGAGCGGUCAGUUAUUAGACUUGAUGGCACCGGCUAUUCGACGCUUGGAAUCAUUUUCUUUAAAAAUUCCUGGAUUUUCGGAGUUGACGCCAGCUGAUCGACAGACACUUUUGAAAUCAUCCUGUGUGGAGAUGAUGCUGUUUCGUACUGCGCUGCGUUUUGACCGCAACUGUGGGUCAAUUAUUCUGAAUAACGGAUUUCAACUGAAUUCGUACUGGCUCGCCAGUAAUCACGGUACUUACGAUGCGCUCCUGCGUCCUCUGUAUAAUUUGGGACUGAGUUUGGCGGUGUUGUUCUUGGACGAAGUUGAAGUGGCUCUACUUUUGGGAUUGUUGCUGUUAAGCGGACGUCCAGGAGUGCAUGCCGCUGCCGAUUUGGAGCGUCAGGAAGAGAUUAUGUUGACCGCUUUGCGGCGCUACCUUGCUGAGAAAUCUCCCAAAGACAUGGAACGCUUCACUCGCCUUCUGAUGAAAGUGUUGGAGCUCAGGACGAUAAGCGCACAAAAUGCUGACAAGAUUAUGUUUGCCAAAUUGGAAUCCCUAACGGAUGUGCCGGCCAUGCUGUUCGCCACAAUGUUUGAAGACACUGAAACCGAGCCGAAAAUCGCCGUGGCUCCAUACCCGCACACGGCUGUUUAUCAUGGUAUCAUGCCGCAUCCGUCCUAUCCCAGCAGUGGAUUGCCGCCGUUCGCUACCUUAUUCUAACUGGUCGCACAAUGAUAGUUGAAAUGAAGUUGUUGUGGUUUAAACCUUUUAGCUCUUUUAAUUCGUUUGUUUGAAUGUUUUCUGGGAUUGGAUCUGUGACUGAAGUUGCCGAGGGUUCUUUCUAAAUAAUGGUUGUGAUGUUUUACAUUCUGGGGUUUUUAUUUAUUUGUUUCGGUCAUUAAUAAU